AUGACAUCAGAACUUGUGAUUCUUGUGGUUGUCUUGAUAACUCUGCAGCUGCAUUGGGCUGUAGAUGCCCUCGGUUCUGCCUCCACUGUCGCCGUUGCAUAUGGCACCUCCACCGUCUGCGGUAUUUCUGCAGGUAAGAAAAGCCAGAGAAUUCAAUGCUAUAGAGGAGAUCAAGUGAUCUCCAUUCUACCCCAGGUCUCCUUUCAAGCAAUCUCUGGAGGGCAGAGCUUCUUCUGUGGUCUUCGAACUGGCGGGUUCAGUCUUCAUUGUUGGGAGACUGAUGCCGGAUUUUCGAAUCGUAGUUUUCAACCUAAACGUAUUUACUACAGCAUCAACUUCCCAUUGACUGAUCUGGCUGUUGGUGAUGCUCAAGUUUGUGCAAGAGAGGUUAGCUCCGGUAAAGUUAUAUGCUGGAGGGGAUCAAACAGAGUAGGGUCUUUAUUUCCUUCGCCUGAUCCAGCAUUGAACUUUCAAACAAUCACAUCUGGAAGUGGGUUUUCAUGUGGGAUUUUGAAGAACAAAACCGUAUGGUGCUGGGGGAACAAUGGAAUUGGAUCGAAGAUUCAAUCUCAGUUUGGGAAUCUGCCAAUGGCAAGCUUAGUCGCUGGAGAGUCUCACGUCUGUGGAUUGACUGCGUUGGGCGGUGUUUUAGUAUGCAAAGGAAACAACAACGGUGGCCAAUUGGAGGUUCCUUCCAAUUCAGCUCAUGAAUACUCAAACCUUGCAUUGGGGACGAGUUUCACUUGUGCAAUAAGGCAAGAUAAUGGAGUGGUUUCAUGUUGGGGUGAAGGAGCAAAUAAACUCAACAUUGAAAAAAACAUCAAUGUAAGUGUUUCAUAUGAGCUAAUCACAGCAGGAUCUUACAUGUUAUGUGGGUUGAAAACAAAUAAUUUGACAAUAAUGUGUUGGUCCAAAGCCAACAACAAGUCACCUGUUCUUCUUCCAUUGGGAAUGAUAAUCCCUGGGCCUUGUGUUCAAGAUUCUUGCAGCCGCUGUGGCAUCUAUCCAAAUUCAGCAUUCCUCUGUGAUGGGUCUGGAAAUAUUUGCAAAUCUUGCCAGAGAGAGCUCCCAUUUGCAGUGCCAUUGCCAACGAGUCCAAAUUCUUCAUCAAACCCAGCUUCCUCUUCACCUACAAAAGCCAGAAACAGGCUCACCACGGCACUUCUCAUAGUUGGAGCAAUUGGGGCUUUAGCAGGAACUUUCACCAUUUUGUUCUGCAUAUCGAAUUGCUUAACUUCUCGUUCUUCCUGCAACACAGCAAAUAAUCAAGAACAGAACAUAAAUCAACUAUCCCUAAUAGAACAUUCCUCCGCACGGGCAUUUUCUCUAAUGGAGCUUGCUGUUGCAACAAACAACUUCUCCUCCGAAAACAAAAUAGGAGCAGGAAGCUUUGGAGUGGUUUACAAAGGGAAGCUCACAGAUGGAACAGAAGUAGCUAUCAAAAGAGGAGAAACCAAAAAUGACGAGAAAACAGAAGACCCACAAGAGAAGCAAAACGCAUUUUGUUCUGAACUAACAACAGUACUGCGGCUUAAUCACAAACACUUGGUGGGCAUGGUGGGUUAUUGCCAAGAAAACGACGAGCGCCUCCUAGUUUACGAAUACAUGACAAACGGUUCUCUCCAUGACCAUUUACACAACAAAGAUGGGGUAUUAUUAAAUACAUGGAACAUAAGGAUAAAAAUCGCAUUAGAUGCAGCCAGAGGAAUCGAGUACCUUCACAAUUACGCAGUCCCACCGAUAAUCCACCGAGACAUCAAAUCCUCCAACAUACUACUGGACGGAAAUUUCACAGCCAGAGUGUCCGAUUUCGGAUUGUCGUUAAUGCGACAACCGGAAACUUCAAUGGAGAGCGCCGUUGGCGGUACAAUCGGGUACAUUGACCCGGAGUACUACGUAUCGAAGAUUUCAACGGCGAAAAGCGACGUGUACGGAUUAGGGGUUGUACUGCUGGAGCUUUUGACGGGGAAGAAGGCAGUGUUUAGAGAUAGCGAAGGUGGGGGUCCGGUGACGGUGGCGGAAUAUGCGGUGGAGCGAAUUGGGAGAGGGGAGCUAUGGAAUGUUGUGGAUAAGAGGGUAAGGGGAGCAGAGAUGAAGGAAGUGGAUGCAGUGGAAAUGGUGGCGUAUACGGCGAUGCAUUGUGUGAAGUUGGAGGGAGAAGAAAGGCCGAAUAUUGGCGACAUUGUUGAGAAUUUGGAGAAAGCUGUUGGUCUUUGUAAUGGCGAACUCCGUGACAGUUUCUAA